UUUCUUGCAUUAUUCAAGCUUUCGAUUGCAUUAUUUUUUCUUAAAUUCAUCAAAACAUGAGUAGUUUUGCUUUUCAGUUUUAGAUAAAAAAGGAAUACUUGAUUUUGGUCAGGAACGCUAACGUAAGAAAACCUACUGGAAUUUGCCCUUUCGCCUGUCUCGUACGACAUCUUUAAGAAUAAGGAUGCUGACACUGAACGAUUCAGAUAAGCUAGAAUGGUGGGUGAAAUUCAGAAAUCCGAAGGAUAUCCUGGAGAAACAUCCAACAUUUUUAGUUGGGGAGGUGUAUAUGAUCAUUAAUUCCCUGCUGUGUUUAUGCCAUGCUCUUCGCAAUGGUGGGCGAUACAAGUGGCUGUGGCUGACCUGCAUUCUACAAGGCUUAACCACAGAAAUGGUCAGCUACUUCCUCCCAGACAUCGACAACUUCUGGCAUGCUCAAGGCAUGGUCAUGUUUGCUGGACAAAGACUGCCAUUGUAUAUAAUGGUCUUAUAUUCAUUUUUCUACUACACUGCUGUGGUUGGAGUAUCUCAUCUCAGAUUGCCAUGGUGGGCAGAACCAUUUGCUGUGGGUAUUUCUGUGGUCCUGAUUGACCUACCGUAUGACAUCAUGGGCAUCAAACUGUUAUGGUGGACUUGGCAUGACACCGACCCCAACAUCUAUGACCGUCAUUACUGGGUCCCCUGGACCAGCUACUACUUCCAUUCUACUUUCUCCUCGGGAAUGACCUUUGUAUUCUAUGGAGUCCAUAAACUGCUUGCCAAAAACGAGGAUAAGCUUCAGAGUGCAGGGUUUUUCAAGGAGGCACUAGCUUGCGUGUUGGCUGGCAUUUUGGGGAUGCCCCUUGGAGUGAUCCAGUUUUUGCCGGUCUAUCACCCUCUUCACGACAGCAAUAAUGUUCACACAGAGGUGUGCGUCUUUCUCCAGAUGUCAGUGUAUGUGAUGAUUACCUGGGCGGGAGACAGGCAGGCUGCUGCCAAGCGGCACGAGCUGCAAGGGAAAGAGAAGGAGAAGAAGAAAAAAUUUUCUUUCAAUGAGAUCAUGCUGGCCUUGCUGAUACAUUACUGUGUGUACAUCUUCCUGGUGUUCACAGCUAAACCCGAGAACCAAGUUGCUGAUGGACUGCAUGAAACAAUUGGCCCAUGUCAGGAAACCACCCCUGUGUACACUGCCUUUGGUCAUGUUUUGGAGAAACACAAAUACCUCUGUGUGGAGAAAUAUGAUGAGGCUGUGUACGACUUCCAUUGCGUUAAGAACCUCCCUAAGCCUGGAGAGAGCUGGUACACUAUAUGUGGCACCAAGUACCCCAACCAUCUGGAGUAUAUAGUCAUCGUGUGCGGAGCUUGUAUGUUUGGAAUGGCCUACUACUGGCAGCUUCUGGUUUGUUCUGGCUCACAGCCAUCUGGAACUAGCUCAAAAUCAUCUGGAUCUGGCUCAAAAUCAUUAGGAUCUGGCUCAAAAUCAUCAGGAUCCAGCCCAAAGCCAUCUGGAUCUGGUCAAAAAUCACCAGGCCCAAAGGGAAAGAAGAAGGAUAUCAAGCAGCAAUAAGACUGUAGUAUAGAUGGAGUGAAUGGUUUAUAACUGAAAGGGAGUAAGUAGUCAAAGUGAAACACAAAAAGAAUAUUUACAGAAGUAAUAUUUCCUCGUUUUUUUUUUAAAGAAUUUAAUCUUAAUCAAUUUAAUACUUAGUGCUGAUGUUGCCAUAAAUUAUUCCAUGCCACUUUAUUUUACAAGCAAUAUUAUUCCAGUAUUAUUUAUCCAUUUUUUUGUGCAUUCAUUUCUCUAUGUGAAAUGAUAGUUUUUCCAGUCUGUUAUGUUCUGCAUUUUUUAUCAAAGUGCUCUCUCUUUUCUCCUCCACUGAAGUCUGUUUAUUUAUAAUUUUAAUGGAAUGAACUUUUUGUUAAAAAUCCUCAGUUGUCCUUGAUGAUGCCAUAGUUUUUUUUUGUGACGUGUUGUUGUACAUGUGUACAUGUAAACGUAUGUGUAAAAGUUGAUUAUCCAAACUUUAGAAUUACUGUAGACGUAUUUUUUUCCACGGGGUCAUAAUUCCGCGGAAUCACAAUAUCAAUUUAAUCCGCGGGUAAAAAUUUACGCGGAUUCUUUGAAUGAAAAAAAAAAUCAUUUGAAUAAUUAUUAUUAAAUUUAGUUCUGAGCGAUUUUCAUUACCUAGAAUUUGUCCAACUUUGGACUUAAAUUGUAAGAACUGUUCACAGAGAACAGUAAUUAUCGGUUGUGCACUGGUCGGUAGUCAUUAGUUAGCCGUCAAGAUGUUCCGACGCUGGCUAAAAUCGUCUCGUGAUCUUUAUUAACUGUCAAUUUAGGGGUUUACAUGUCGUUUAAAUUAUGAGUUGAUCAGUUUUAUCAAUUAUAAGUCAGAGCACAAAGGGAUCUAAAAAUUGCAGUAAAAACACGGGUCUUAGCGUGUAGUUAAUUGGGUCAUUGAAAGACAGAACCGCUUGGGGCUAUUUGUCGUCUGACACGUGCCGUUAUCUCAAGCUGGUAAAAGUUUAAAUUUCAUGCAAGUAAAUUUACAGAAAAUUCAAAUCUUUAGGAGAUUAAAUUAUUUAUUAUGUGAAUUCUCAAUACAAAUUUGUUUGACAGCUUGCAUAGAUAAAAAUGAUAUACAUUGGGUACACGUAUAUGCAAGUUUAAUAUAACGAAGUAACUUCCGAUUAUCCUUAUUCAUGUAAUGCAAUUUCAAAAUUUCAUUCCAAAAUGCACUUUAAGUACACUGGGAAAAAAUUCCGCGGAAAAUUUGUGCCCGCGAUCAUAGCGUAAAUUAAUACCACGCGGAAAAAAGUACGUCUACAGUAUAUAGAUGUUGUCUGGUGAAUUGAUGUUUUAGAAUGUAGCAGUUAUCAGUGUGUUGAAAUAUUCCUUACAGUACUUGUAAUACAUAUAUGUACCAAGUUGAAAAUAUUGCCUGUUUGAUUGUAAACCAUUAGAAGAUUGUAUCAGAUUUCACAGAUAUGAACAUGUAUAGGUAUAAAUGUAUGAACCACGUGUUUGAAUCAUUUUGAAUUUUGAUUUGACUUUAAAGAGGAAGAAAAAUAGAAAUGAGAAUACAUGUAUACAACUUUAAACAGUUUAAAACAUUGUGUAUGUACUAUGAUGCUGUGUCAUGAUGUUUUGUUGUACAAAACUGAAAACUUUGUCAAUAUUUUACUACCUAGUAAAUAAACAAUCUUAAAAAGCA